UCCUAAUCAUUUGGCGCCAGAUGAAAGAUGAACCAAUCACAGCCCAGCAUUUGAUUUAAAUCCCCACAGUUUGAAACACAGCCAAGCUGAGCUGCAGGCCUGUGAGCUGGACGUUGUCUUCGAUCAAUUUUGUACCGAUUUUCCGCGUUUUUCUCGAUCAUUUGGAGAGUUGAACAAUGGCUAGAGGAAGAUCAAAGAAGAACAAGCAUGUGAAGGGAGCUGCAUCCCCACAGGUUUGCAAAACGAAAGAAACGGAGCCCACCAUGCAGGGUGAGGAGAAGGCAGGCACACAGGUUGUCAUCACCGACUUCUUCCCAAAGAGCCCAGAGAACAAGACAUUGAGUUCAAGUCCACAUCGCAUAGCAAAGGAACUGAUUGACAUCGCUAAGGCGACAGAGGAUGUUGUCGUGACUAGGAGGCCAGGAGCUGAAGCUGAAGUUUCCCAGCUGAUUUCCACUGGAUUGGUCACCCCAGAGACCACGCCCACAAAGACGAAGGCCAAACCAGGGAAAGUCCUGAUGUCUCAGCUGAAACCAAAGUCAUUAGAAAGUGGCCUGGGAGAUACAACCACUGCUGAACCUGGUGUGAGGGAAGCACUUGCAGCUGUCUCGGAUCAGCAAGAUCAAACACCCGACACCAAAGAAACGUCUGCUGCUACAUCAGCUAAAGGGAGAGGUAGGAAGAAUGGCAAGAAAGCUCCUUCCACCAGUGUCUCCAGACCAUCAUCUGCAAGAAAAAGAAGAGACAGAAAACCGGUGAAGUCUCAUCACAUUGAUGAUUACUUUGUGAGAAGAAGUGCCAGAAAGUCCCAAGCAGAGUUGAAGCAAGAGAAGGAAGAGUGGAUAGAGCAGCAGAUUCUGGCAAAUGCAGAGGAAGGGAUGGAAGUUGUGGAUAUAGAAGGCAAGGGAAGGGGUGUGGUGGCCACCAAGGCUUUUGGACGAGGAGACUUUGUGGUGGAAUAUGCAGGGGAUCUGAUCGACACAAAGAUGGCCAAGGACAGAGAGGCUAAAUAUGCGGAGGACCCAAGCACAGGCUGCUACAUGUACUACUUCAAGUACAGGAACAAAACAUACUGUGUUGAUGCCACAGCGGAGUCGGGUCGGCUGGGUCGCCUUAUCAACCACAGUGCCAAACACAAGAACCUGAUGACGAGGUCCAUCUCCGCUGGGGGUCUGCCACGCCUCAUCCUGGUCGCAGCCAGAGACAUCCAGCCUGGGGAGGAGCUGCAGUAUGACUACGGGGACAGGAGCAAAGCAUCGCUAGAGUCACAUCCCUGGUUAGCUUGUUAACUGUAGUCCCUAGUAGCAUUGUAAUAUGUGUUGUAUAUGUUGUUGUUGUUCACCUUGUACUAUGUUUAUCGUACUACGGUUAUUGUAGUGCCUAGUUGCACAAAGGGUAGUAAGUUUCUUUGCUGUUUAUGUAGCAGGGCAUAUUUUUUACAAGGAGGGGUUGCUAGCAUCCUAAAACACAGCACUGUCAUUUUAUGUUCCUUCUAAAAGUUGGGUGCAGCCCCAACUGAGACAGCUCUUCCCAGGAAUGAACUGAGAUUUCCCAGUUACCAACUAAUAAUUAAAAUCAGGAGUCUUAACUGUAAGGCUGCUACCAGUUGAGCUACAGGGACAUCCCUUAGCAUUAUAAUACAUACUAGGAAUAUUCUCAUCAACACUGCCGUGUCAACCUUGAUUUGUUUAGUGUUUUAAGGAAUUGUACAGAUGGAAGUAGGAAAUACUAGUUUGUAUGUAUGUAUGUAUGGCAAAAUCAGUGUAAUACUGGUAGAAGGAGUUUGCUGUGCUGCUGAUAAUUUUAAAGACAAUUCGGUAACUGGUAAAUGUGAGUAACUAAGCAAGCUUUGACCAUUUCAGGGAGGAGUUUUCUUGUUGUAAGUAGCAAAGCAGGACUCCGGCUUUACAUUUUUCUGUCUCACUUAUUGUUUGCAAGCGCAUUUGUUCUUAGAUCUGUCAUUUUAAGCUUACGAAAAUACAUUUUCAGCUAUGGACGGAUGGGGUGAAUUUUUGUCUGUCCCAACAAGCAAAUUUUGAUGUAGGAAUGUCUCCUGGAGACAGCCUUUGUCCAAAGUAGCAUGUCCCUUUGCGAUGCCACUGUGCCUGAGGUUCUUAUACACAGAAUAAAUCCUACUGUAGAAUUUGCUAGAAAUGUGAUAUAUGUGUGUAGGUCCAACAUGCCCUAAUCAGAGUAAUAAGUACUUCAAGAGUACUCACCCAGGCUAAUGCUAGCUUUUACUGGAACUCAUAUUGCAAGUUGACGCCUUGUAAUGCACUAUUUAACUGAAUAUCAAUUGAUAGGCUUGUUUUAGAUGAUGAAUUCAACAUUCAGUUUGUGAUGAACAUUUGAUGUACAGUUAUGUGAAAAAUGGCCAACGACUUUCUUCAGAAUGGUAUGAGCUUAGUAAUGUUACGUUGUGUUUUUUUAGUUUUGUGUAAAUAACUUAAUGUUGUACAAAGGAGCUGGACGUAUUCUGUAGUUUUACUUUAUACUUUAUUAGUGUUACUGUACCAUAUUUUUGUAGUGAUCCUAUUAGUGUUUUCUAUAUCCUUUUUCUACAUGUACACCAUCUUCAUGUAAUAUAUUUUUUUCGUG